AAUGUAAAUAGUUGGUGUAGCUAAGUAUUUAUCAAAAUUAACAUUUUUUGCUUUGAUAAUAACUUAAACUCACAAUCUUAAAAUCAUAGGUGAUGGAUCUUUUCUAAAAUUAUACUACUACAUUAUUAGUGAGUUUUAAAAGGAUAAUUAAUUGUCGUUAAAACAAAGGCAAAAAGAUGCUCUUUUUUUAGAUCCGUAUACUAUUAAGAUAGCGAGCCAUGUUUGGUGAACUUUUUUCUUCAUAAAGAGGUUAGAUUUGGAUGUCAAAAGAAGAAAGAAUCAUAAGUAUCAAUUUCAUUUUGUUUUCUUCAAAUGAAAAGGAAUAUGUGGUGGACCUUCAAUGCAAAAGAUCUCCAUAGAAAAAAGACAAUGCUUUGUUUACUAGUAUUGCCAAAUUAAGGUUUUUUGUUGGAGCAGUUGAAUAGUGAUGUUUCUUCAGCGAGUUAUAUCAACAACAUUACCUUCAUCAACAAGGUUAUUUAGUAGUAUUGGUAGCCAUGAUUUGUCUAAAGCUAUUUCCGAGCUCAAUCAGGAACUGGAAUCUGUAUUUGGUGAACCUCCUCCAUCUGGCCUUUCUGGUUCCAUUGAUAAUCAAAGUAUGACGACCCGAAACUCGAAGCUUAAUACUGUAGAAAUGGAUGGUAAAGAAUCUUUCGCUGGAUUGACACAUAUUGGCAGCAAAGGUGAAGCUCAAAUGGUAGAUGUAUCUCGUAAAGAUAUUAGCAAGAGAGUGGCCAUUGCCCGGGGCAAGGUUAUUCUAGGACAGAAGGUAUUUGAUCUGGUUUCAGCCAAUCAAAUGGGAAAAGGAGAUGUUGUGAGUGUGGCAAGGUUAGCUGGAAUUUGUGGAGCAAAGCAAACCAGCAAUCUCAUCCCACUAUGUCACAACAUCAACUUGACACAUGUUCGAGUGGACUUGGCUUUGAACCCGCGAGAUUUUAGUGUUGAAAUAGAAGGGGAAGCUGCCUCAGAUGGAAAAACUGGUGUGGAGAUGGAAGCCUUGACAGCAGUAACUGUUGCUGGUCUAACAGUGUAUGACAUGUGCAAGGCUGCUUCAAAGAAUAUCCAGAUUACAGAUAUCAGGCUUGAACACAAAACUGGAGGUAAAAGUGGGGACUGGUCCAGGGAGAAAUGAUCACCAAUCUAAAGACGUAACAAGGCAAGUGCAUUAACCGCGCUGCUUGGGGGAAUGAUGUAUGUGUCACUUCCGUCAAAUGUCUUUUUCCUAUAAAAUAUGGUAAUUCAAGUCGAUAGCGCUAGUGAAAAAACAUGGCCCAUCCAUGAACACAAAAAUCGUGCGUGAAGUUGAUUCUAACAGAAGGAUCCGUUGUGUACAACAAUUGUUUGACAACAUUUUCCUUGCUUUCCUAUUUAUUUAUUUAUUAACUAA